CUACAUUAAUCUGAAUGUUUUGAACAAAAGGGUGCUCAAUGACACUGAAGUUUCUGUUUACUAUUUAUGCUCAAAUCCAUGCAUCGUCACUAUAGAGGCCAUAGCUUCGUUGGAAUUCAGAACAGGUGUGUCAGUGUAUAAGAAGAGCUGGGAGGAUAGCCACCUCCACAGCAGCAGGAGUCGAACGGUGAAGCUGAAAUUUCCAAGCAGCAUGGUUUUCAGAGAUGACUAUUUCAUCAGACAUUCCUUAAUCGUGCAUACAGUGAUACUGUAUGCAUGGAUUACUCAUAAGCAAGUGAGGAUCCAUCACACUCAGCGAGGGGAAGGAUACCUGCAGGCUGUUGCCAAAGACUACGCUUUGUUGGAAACUGUUCCACCUUUCGAGCGUCCAUACAAAGACCACAAAGUGUGUUUGAAAUGGAACUUGGAAUAUACAUGGAAACUGCAGUCAAACAGGAUUCCUCAGUGUCUGCACGAGACAGACGCUGUUGAGAUCCUCAGCUUUCCAUACGCAUCCAGUGGAGAGAUGGCAGGCAUUGUGAAGAAGUUUCAGAAAUUCAAGAACAGAGAGCUGGAAACAAUCAGGAAGCAUCAGAUUGGUUACCCCAUCUUUACUGUUUCAGUCUGGCUUUAUUUACUCCAUUACUGCAAAAAACCUUUGUGCGGACUUCUGUACUUCAUUGAUUCUGAAGAAAUGUAUGGGACCCCUUCUGUAUUUCUAACUGACAAAGGUUAUGUCCACAUCCAGAUGCACCUUGUCAAAGGAGGAGACCUUGCUGUGAAGACCUCCUUCAGCCUUCCUCUGAAGGAGUGGCUUCGACUUGACCUCUCCGUCAAUGGAGGGCAGAUAGAAAUAUCCAGCGUUGAAAAGAAUCUUUAUAGUCGCCGGCAUCAAACAUUUAUUUUUAGGGAAGAUUUCUUUUAUGAUGACACUUCGGGAUAUUUUGUUCUUGGAGGCAGCAGCUAUAAGUCCGGUAUCGAAGGAUACUUUGGCCCAGUGAAAUACUAUCGGCUUAAUUCUCUAGGGACAAGAAGGAUCUGUAACCUUUUUUACAACUCUGAAAUUAUGGACAGAAUUGAACUGUACUACAAAAAAUGUGCAGCUAUCCAAAGCAUGGCAUCUGAGUAUGGAUUCAGGCUGAGACAAGAAGAGGGAAAGUGCCUUCGUGAAAACUAUUAUUUGGAAAUGAACAACAAAUAUGGAGGAAACAGCAAGUGCCAGACCUCCUUCUGGGGGAAAGAGCUGAGGGAUAAAUUUGAGGAGCUAUUCAAAGAACUGCAAGAUACUGACUUACGUUUGCCAGGCGUUCCUGAAAACCAGAAGGAUACAGUAUUAGAAAUUGGACGCAGGAUAUUUGAGAAAGCUGCUCAGAAUCUAUCCAGGGCCGAUGGUUUACAUUAUAUCAACUCCUCUGUCCUGUCUCUGAUGGUCUCAAGCUGUUUGGAUUAUCACAGGGCUUCUUAUGUCCUUGCUGUAAUCUUUGAAAUCGGACUAGGUUUGCCUGUCGACCCAACCCAGGGGCUGCUGUACAGCUUGAUCGCUGCGCAGGGAGGCGAUCGGCUGGCUUUGAUCAGCCUUGGAUAUAAGCACUAUCAAGGCAUUAACGGUUAUGCCCCCGAUCUGGAGAUAUCGUAUGCGUACUAUAGCGAUGUGGCUGCAAAGACACCCCAUGAUCAUCAGCAUGCAGAAGGAGACCAAGCAUUUGUAGAAGUAAUAAGGCUUGAGGAUGACAAUUUACUGAAAGCUCAAACCAAAGAAAAUGGGGACCUCUUUAUGUGGCUGAAACAUGAAGCAACAAGAGGAAAUGCAGCUGCCCAGCAACGGCUGGGACAGAUGCUUUUUUGGGGCCAGCAAGGAGUAGAAAAAAAUCCUGAAGCAGCCGUUGAGUGGUAUGCAAAGGGUGCCUUGGAAACCGAAGACCCAGUAUCCCUCUAUGAUUUCUCCAUUGUGCUGUUCAAGGGUCAAGGUGUGCAAAAAAACCAAAGACUUGCUCUACAUCUGAUGAAAAAAGCUGCUUCAAAGGGUCUGCCUCAGGCAAUGAAUGGGCUGGGCUGGUAUUAUCAUAACUUUAAGAGAGACUAUGCAAAAGCCGCCAAAUAUUGGUUAAAAGCUGAAGCCAUGGGCAGUCCCGAUGCCUCCUUCAAUCUCGGUGUCCUCUAUUUAGAUGGGAUUCACCCGAAAACAACGGGUAGAAAUCACACUGUUGCCGCCGAUUAUUUCCGUAAAGCCGCAGAAGGUGGCCACAUGGAAGGAACGUUGCGAUGCUCUCUAUAUUAUAUCACAGGAAACUUGCCAAGCUUUCCUAGGGACCCCGAGAAGGCAGUAAUCUGGGCAAAAUAUGUGGCAGAAAAAAACGGCUACUUGGGCCACGUCAUCCGAAAAGCGCUCAACGCUUAUCUGGAUUUGUCAUGGCAUGAAGCCUUCCUGUAUUACAUUCUGUCUGCAGAGACCGGGAUUGAAGUGUCGCAGACAAAUCUGGCACAUCUCUGCGAAGAGAGGCCAAAUGUGGCAAAAAGGUACUUGGCUAUGGACUGCGUUUGGAGAUACUAUAAUUUUUCAGUUUAUCAAAACAACGCUCCGUCGUUUGCUUAUUUAAAGGUAGGAGAUAUCUACUACUACGGAUAUCAGAACCAAUCCAAGGACUUCGAUAUUUCAGUACAAAUGUAUGCCCAAGCAGCAGUGGAUGGAGAUGCACAGGGGUUCUUUAACUUGGCCCUUCUGCUGGAAGAAGGUUAUCCCAUCCCUGAUCAUAUUUUAGAUCAUUUAGAUAUCGACAGGACCACUGAUUCCAGUAAUAUCUCUAUUCUUCAGACUCUUUACGAAAGGUGUUGGAAUCAUAGCAACCAAGAAUCGAUUAGCCCAUGUAUGCUAGCUUCCCUUUAUCUUCACCUGAGGAUUUUUUUGAAGGACGUUUUACAUUCUGUUCUGAUUUACUUCCUGGGUGCCUUCAUCAUCUCUGCAUUGGUGGUUAAUUUUGUCAUGCAGUGUUCUCCGGCUCUGCUGGCAGUUUCUCAGGCCCCAACGUUAUUAUCGCCUGAAGAAACUCCAGUUGAAUAUUCUUCCACAGAAGAAAAUACAGACGAGACCAGCUCAGCCAAGCCAGAAGAGUCUACUGCUACAAAUAAUUCAGAAGAGAAUGGCUUAGGUCCUCAGCACGUGCACUCCAGCAGCUGA